AUGCGUCCAUGGUCUCCAAUAGAAGAGAGUGGUUGUCAGAAACAAUAUGAGACAUGGUAUGCAGCAUAUCUUCCAAUUGUUGUUAGAAGAAGAUGUCGAUGGGAAAAAGAGAAUCCGAGAAGGAAUAGUCAUUUGUUACAACGAUUCGUUCGAAAAGGGAUUCCACAUUCAUUCCGAAAAGAACUUUGGCUGAGAAGUUGUCCAUCGAGAAAAGAUGGAGUUUGGGAGAGACAUGAAGUUCCAGAUGAAGUUAUCAAGCAAAUCAAACUUGAUCUUCCAAGAACUUUCCCUGAUAACAAGUUUUUGAAAACUGAAAAAACUCGAAAAACAUUGGGAAGAGCGUUAUUCGCAGUGGCCGAACAUAUUCCUAGUGUUGGUUACUGUCAGGGACUCAAUUUCGUUGCAGGAAUAAUUCUUCUUGUUGUGAAUGACGAAGCACGUGCAAUCGAUCUUCUAGUUCAUCUUGUUUCCCAAAGACAAGAUUAUUAUGGGAAGAAUAUGAUUGGAUUGAGAAGAGAUAUGCAUGUACUUCAUUCGUUACUACGAGAACAUUGUCCACGUGUCGUUGUCACACUUGAGAAACUGGAUGUCGGAUUAGAUAUGCUCGUUGGAAAGUGGUUUGUUUGCUGGUUUGUAGAGAGUCUUCCAAUGGAGACAGUACUUCGUCUAUGGGAUUGUAUGAUUUAUGAAGGAGACGAGUGGCUGUUUAAAGUGGCUGUAAUUCUAUUUCGAUCCAAUAUGAUUGCUAUUUCUUCGUGUGAAACUAUUGAUCAACUAAUGACUGAAAUUCAAAAUAUUGGAACUAGCAAAGCAGCUCUCUACUGUCAUCAACUCAUUCUUAAAAGUGCCGCAUUGCCAAUCACAAACAAAUCCAUCGAGUAUUUGAGAGUUGAUGCUGAGAAGGCGAUUCCAGAGUAA